AUGGGCGCGAAUAUCAUCUCUCGUGUCACUCCAACUGCUCCCUCGAGCUCAUCAGCGGGGCCGCAACAGCCCUGUCCAGCUUCCAUUAACUGCCCUGACAACAAUGGCUGUCUCAAUUCUGAUAGCACCAGCGGCCGUUCUUUUACCUUGAGUUGCGGUGUCGAUUUCUUUGGUGGCGAUCUCGAGAUGCAGUGGGCUGAUGGACUAGAAGCCUGCUCAGCCGCAUGCGCGGUUAAUCCUGAAUGUGUUGCAGCAUCAUUCGUCGGUAAUAGUGGCAGCAGCGGACCAUGCUAUCUCAAGAGCAAAAACCUAGGACAGAUCCUAGAUUCUCGCGUGAACGGUAAGUAUUAA